AUGCUCCCCUCGGCUCUGGAGGCGGUCUCUUGCCCUUCCUCUCCGCUAUCGCCCUACCACAUCUCUCCUAAAUCAUCCUUACUCAAACAGGCCGACGCUCUUCCAGUCGACACUUCACCUCUCUCGCUCGUGCGUCGGCGCAUUCUCCGGGACUCCUCGCUACCGCUCGACAUUCCUCGCUCCUCACCCCCCAUGUGGUCCAUGUCCAUGAAGGUUGAUACCAACUACCCUCAUGGGCGCGCCUCGCCCACCUCCGUCUACUCGCCCAUGUCUUUUCCACCUGCCCCGGCUACCUCGUCUGUUCGCCCAGGGUCCUCGUCGGGUCAACAUGACCCCGUAGCUGGUCCUCAUGUCAAUCCUGCUGCUGGUCCAGCCAAAGGACUCGCCAUGCCGGGUCCUGGCUACCGGCGAGCGAGCAGGUUCGACCCGAUGGACCCGGAUGGGGAUGAGGAAGAAGAUGGGUAUGGCGAUUUGGGGAGCAGACAUCCGCUUCGCCGAGUCAAGGAGUCGGGGCGGGACGAGGGGUUCAGUCUGCCCAGUAUAAAAUCCCUAUUUGGCGCUUCAAAUGAUGGACCUGGAACGCCCGGCUCCACCGGACCUCCACAAGUCUUUCAAACGCCAAGCCUCCCACCUCUUGUCCCCCCUUCCCCCUCGUCUUCCUCCUCCCCCUCGACAACGUACCGUACAUCCCGCUAUUCCUCCCUCGGGUCCUCCUUCUCCACCAUCUCCGAAAAUGGUAAUCCCAGCGGGUGGUGGGCCCCAGAGUACGAGCGGGAGCGCAGCAGCCUCUCGUCCACUUCUGGCCUUCCCCAGCCCCCUCGCGCCCAUUCCUUCCCGUACGCCCCCUCCUACGCCGAUGACCACGAUGCGAAGCGGCGCCGGUCGGACCAGCCGUCCGCUUCUGGUGAUUCAGAAGAAGCUGCGCGACUCAAGUGGCAAGCCCAGAGCAGGAACGCUUCUUACCCCGCAGCGGGCAGCUCUGGGUCUGUUUCUGGGCCCUCCAGCUCGGGCCUGCGAAGCAUCAUGGCUCCCCCGUCAGGCUCCAUCCCGCGAGGAUCAGUCUCGCACUCCUUCUUCCCGCCAGACGAGGGAAUGCGAGGGGGUCCGCCCGUCCCUCGCAGUGCAUCUAUCGUCGGUGGCCAGCUCGCCCGAUCGUUCGCCGACCUCACUGCUGCGGAACAUCGGGCCUCUAUCUCUCGCUCGCCAUUCAUGGGUCCACCUAUCCUUCCUCCUCCCCCGCUCGGCCGCCGCCCAUCCUUCUUCCCCCCGGCACCCAUGUCGCAGCACAUGUCGUCCAGCUCUUCCCUCCCCAUCCUCCCAGACCCAGAAGAGGCGCGAGGUGCCCGAUCACCUUUGCGUGAACCAUCUCACCCGCCCCCAUUCACCGGCUUCCUCAACCCCGAGACUGCCCAAAAUUCCCGGCGUACAAGCGUCAGCCGGCCAUCCUCUCCCGAGGUUCAGCCCCAAGCGCGCCGGUCCAGCCUCACAGAGCUCAUCAAGGCGAAAACCGGCGAUGACGUCGCGCUUGCGUCAGGCAGACAACCUGGUUCUACACCCAGCGGAUCGACAAACCCUUCUCCUGCUUCCGUAUCUUCGAAAGGGUUCGCGCGCGAGAUCUCGCUAAAUGAGAAUGAGGAUACCGAAAGAACUCCGACGACGCGCGCCCGGAAACGAGGGGCGCGGACGCGAUCGGAAGAGCCGCCAAUGGGGAUGGGGAAUGAUGAGGAUGCGGAAGGAGAGGAAGUGGGGUUCGGCGCGAUGGAUGUACUGGCAGAGUCGGCGAGGAGGGUGUCGGAGGCUGAAGCGGAAGCGGAUGCUGAAGAGAAGGAGGGCGAGGAUGAUAAGUCUGGAGCGGCGGGACCGAAGUAUUCGUGCGCGUACUGUCUGAAGACAUUCUCGCGGCCAAGCAGUCUCAGAAUACAUACAUACUCCCAUACGGGUGAACGCCCCUUCGUCUGCCCCGAACCAUCGUGCCGACGCAGGUUCUCGGUCCAGUCGAAUCUCAAGCGUCACGCCAAAGUCCAUACCCUCCCUAUCGCUGGCGUUCCCGGUGCAGCGGGCGGUAUAGCUUCUGCAGCGGCGCGAGCUGCUGCCCAGGCCCCACCCCCGCCCCAGCAGGAGCUUUUCACCGCGCAUGCGAGCCAUCUGCAGCAUCAUCCCCCUUCGCCCAUGUCCAUGCCGCAGACGGCUACGGCGUCGAACCAUCAUCUAUCGCCCUUCACUUCGGUACCCGCCAGGAUCCACCCACCCGCUCCGGCUCCGGUCCCACAACAUCAGCAACAGCAACCACCGCAAUACCUCUCCCCUCCACCCAUGACACAGCCGUACUUCUCCCCUCCGGCCCCUCCUGCGCAAAACGGAUACAUGUACGGGUACGAUCAGUACGGAUACCAUCCGCAACAGCACCAGCAGCACCAGCAGCACCAGCAGCACCAGCAGCACCAGCAGCACCAGCAGCACCAGCAGCAGUACAUGCCGGACCAUACUUCCCCUUAUGCCCAACAUUACGCGCAACACAUGUACCAUCCGCAGCAGUACCCCAUUCAACCGUCCCAUCAGCUCGAUUCGACGGCGAGGUAUCAGACGCAGCAGUAUCCGCCUUCGGCGGAUCGAGGGGCCGGGAAUGGAGGGAGUGAUGCGGAUGAUGCGGAGGGGGAGGCGGACGAGUAG